UUCUUAUAAGACCGAAAGUGAAUUUAUUGCCAUAUUAGUUCUUAUAAGUGGAUGGCAUGCAUCAGUAAUAUAGUUCAAUAUUAAUAAAUUGGUGCAUAUAAAAGUGUCCUUGGGCCACUUUAGGACCCACAUUUUUAUUUUUAUUAAUGAAUUAAUUGCAAAUGAAUUUCUUGAACAUGCUGAGGGGACGAAUAGCAUUUUUCUUACUUAUUGCAGUACUAAUAAGGGAAGGAGGUUUCUCUGAGGUUGGCAAAAAUGGAGACUACAUAAUAAACACCAACAAAUGCAAAAUCCCUAACUUACCGUUAUUCUCACCUGAGUUAAACCUCACCAGAGGACCGCGAGUUAACUGCACCAACUUUAAUCCACUUUUAACAUACGUUAAGGAUCAAAAGCUUUAUAUAAACCAAGAAGCCGUCCAGAAGUAUUUUGAAAACUCUAGCAGUAUUAAAUGUUGCUACACUAAUAUUUAUAGAAAGGAAAACCGUUCGGAUCCAGAUACAGGAGUAACAGUGUCUUCUUGCUGGCAAUUCAACCACUCAGUAGAACUCCAGCAUGACCUAAUCUGGGUAUCCUGUACCACUUUCAACGACUUUCAUCCUCUCCUAAACAAUUUUCCAGUCACCCCGAUAUACGAAAAUAUCCAUCAAGUAAUUCAGAUGAAAGAACCACUCAGAAUCAAAGCAAAGAGACUAAAGAAAUCAAAUACUAAAAAACCAAUUAACGUCUUAAUGGUGGUGAUAGACUCUGUGGCCAGAUUGAAUUUUAUAAGAACAAUGCCUUUAACCUACAAUUUCGUUAUGGAUAAUGGUUUUUACGAAAUGACUGGAUAUAAUAAGGUGGCAGACAAUACUUUUCCGAAUGCCAUGGCUUUUUUGACCGGAUUAAACUUGAAUGAUGCUUUGGACGUUUGCAAGCCAACAGAAAUUACGGGGUUGAACAAUUGUCCUUUUAUAUGGAACAAAUAUCGAGAUGCAGGUUAUGCCACUGCUUAUGGCGAAGAUUGGUCAUCGCUAGCCACAUUUAACUACUUUAAAAAGGGAUUUAAAGACCCACCUACUGACUACUAUUUCAAGCCGUACAUGGACGCUAUUGCUUAUCUAAAACAGGAAUAUCAGGAUACCAUGCCAUUUUGUGCUGGACCUGAGACACAAGGAGAUCGAAUACUGAACUUGGCCUACGAUUUUGCUUAUAAACUGAAAAGCCUUCCAACCUUCGGACUGUUCUGGAUGAACACUUUUAGCCACAAUAACAUACGCACUCCUGCAACUAUGGAUGUUAAUGUAAAAGAGUUUUUCCAGAAAUUGAAAGAUUCCCAAAUACUUGACGAGAGUAUUGUUAUCCUUAUAAGUGAUCACGGAGUGAGAUUUGGUGAUAUCAUUAACACCACCAGGGGGUUCUAUGAGCUCAGACUGCCCAUGCACUACAUAUCCUUACCACCAUGGUUCAAACAACAAUAUCCAUUGGAAACUAAGAAUCUUAAAGAUAAUUCUAAGAAGUUGAUCAGCAAUUAUGAUCUCUAUAUGACUUUGCAGCAUAUCCUAAAACUCUCUGGAGCAAAUUAUAGUAUUAAUUCUUGUUGGGCUUGCAGGCAGUGUAGGUCGUUCUUUGAGUAUAUUCCUGAUGAUCGCAGUUGUGCUGAAGCUGGUAUCCCAGGAAAGUGGUGCACCUGCAAUGUAAGAUUGAGUGAUAAAAGUGAUAAGGAUUAUUAAGUUUAAUAUAUGUGUGUUAUAAAAAAUUAUUUUGUAUGAAAUUGAAGGACUUUUCAGGGUGAUAUACUGCCUUUCGACUACGUCAUUAAGUUGAAAAUCCAAAAGAUUAUUGACCUGCAUGCGCCACAUAAAUUGUUUACUCGUUUAUUAAAUUUUUACUUUGUC